AAACAGUGGCGAUCGGAUGACUGGGAUGACAACGUAGGCGCUUGCUCGCUACUGGUAAUCUGAUGACCUGACCCAAGUCAGUCGUCUUCUCUUGUCCUACUGUGCCGUUCAAAAUUCACGGUUGCUCAGUGAUUUGUAUCUCUCAUCUCCCAACCACAGACUAAGAUGCCAGUCUUCGCCAACGCAGAAGGUGUAAAUGCAAGUAGCAGCGUGUUCAACGACGUCCAAGGAAAUCUAACCAGUAACACCGCAUGUUCCCCUCUUUCAGCUACUAGUAGCGUGCGCAUUGCUGAUUUGUUCGGGUCUGAUUUUGAUGCUACCGCGACCCACGACUCUGUCCAGCGCCAGGAUGCCCCUACUUGCCAUCACAGCACCCGAGGAGAUAUCCUAUAUGAUAUUCAAGAAUGGGCAGAACGCAUCG